AUGCCGCACCCCGACGAUGCGGGAAAGAGCCGCUUGGGCUUCAGGCUCAGCACACCGUCCAAGUCCCAUCGUCGUAUGUCCUCGAGUCGCAUGCCUGAGCGCCUCAAGGACGGCGAUGAUGCCCACGAAGAUGUGACCGCUCCGCCGAGGGACGCCAACGGCCGCGAUGUACACUACAUGAACCAAUCCAUUUUCUCCAUGAUAGCCGCCGCGGGUUCGAAAUCCGACUUUCACUCCCGGUUUGAUGAUUCAAGUGAUAGUGACGGUGGAGAGGCAGAGAAACCUGAAGAGGAAUCGUCACGACGACCUACUUCGCGUUCUAAACCACAGAAAAUCGAGAAGCCGACAUUGGAGGUACCGGAUGAAGAUGAUAAAGAGGAAGGGGAAGGUUCUGCAGAAGAAAGAGGCCGUGGGCAUCGAAGAAGGAUCUCAGACAGCAAACUGAUGCGGUCAAUAUCGAAGUUCCACGCGAAGCAUAGCAAGGGAAAGGAGUCGGUUGACAAAAGUCAGCCCGCCGCUCGUGAUAAGUCGGUGUCUCCGUCGCCUGCGAGACUAUCAGGCAGCAUGACUCCACGGUCAGCGCCGGUGCUCAGUAGGAUGAUCGAAGCUCAGAGUCGAUAUGAUCCUGCAGCUUCGUCAACGGGGACUGCAACUUCGACUGAGGAGGGAAAUGGUGAGAAGAAGAGCAGCGAAUCGGCCUCCACAAGCCUCCUGGCUACACGUCUAAAGGAAAUCUUUGGAUUCGACAGGCCUGAGCAGGUGAUCGGGGAAUACCCCUGUUGGCUGAUGCAGAGCGCCUUGCUUCAGGGCUACAUGUAUGUCACAGAGGGGCACCUUUGUUUCUAUGCAUAUUUGCCUCAGAAGUCCAAUACGGCCGUCAAAACCGGAUACCUGGCUAAACGUGGCCGCAAAAACCCAAAAUAUAGCCGUUACUGGUUCUCGCUGAAGGGCGACGUUUUAUCCUACUACGCCGAUCCUUCGAAGCUCUACUUUCCGAGCGGCCACGUCGACCUUCGUUACGGCAUCAGUGCUGCCCUUUCGGACCAGAAGGAUAAAGGAAACGAAGUCAAGGAUUUCACGGUGACGACGGACAACCGAACUUACCAUUUUAGAGCCGACAGUGCUGCCAGUGCGAAAGAAUGGGUCAGGGCAUUACAAAAGGUUAUCUUCCGCUCUCACAAUGAGGGAGGAAGGGUGAAAAUAUCCUUGCCUAUCGAGAACGUUAUAGACAUAGAGGAGAAUCCCAUGAUCGAUUUCGCGGAAACGUUUAAGAUAAGAGUAGUGGACAGUGGUGAGACGUAUGCGAUCGAUGAGUACUUCUUUUCUUUCUUCAACUAUGGCAAGGAUGCUUUCAAUGUUCUGAAGAAUUUAAUCAAUGACACUCCUGCGCAACGUAUUUCACAAGACCCUCUUGCAACCUUCGGGUUGAAGGGCAGCCCUGAAAGCUCGCGCCAUCGGUCACGAUCCGCGGAUACCCACCAGCGUAGCAGCUCAUCCGGACCAUUCGUUGAGGCUGGCGCUGGUGACGCGGGUGGUGUUAGUGUGUUCAAUGGACGAAGCGCUCACUCGAGGACGAAGAGUGAUAGUAGAUCACGCCGGAGAAGUGACGUUAUGAGUCGCGCGAGUCUUGCACAAAGCCAACAAGACAGAUCUUUGCAGGAGAAGCAGCAUGACUCGUCAGACUCAUUUGUCCAGUCUCUCGGACAAGGCACUGAGUCUUCAGUCAUUCUACAGUCGACUACAGACACAGCCGAGUCUGCAAGCCAGAUUCUGAACAGGAGUGACGUCUUCCGGUCUCCUACCAUCCACAGAUUACGAUCAACUCCGUCUGCGUCGGAGGAUACGGCGCGUUCUGGGCCAAGAAAGGUCAGCGUCGGCGAUGUUGCGCCCCCAGGCUACUCUCUCGACGAGCUCUCUAGCAAACGGGAUCAAGAGUCCCAGGGCGCGAUCAGUGAGUCCGAUCAUGAUGCACCGAGCAGUAGCAAGGUCUAUGCUACUUCUACACCAACUUUGCAGGAGAUUGUAAGAGCUGGAGCGUAUCCGCUGCAGCGCGCGGCUGGAUUUGCGGAAUAUAUCAAGAGCCGAUCCAGGCAGAUGAGUAGUCUUUUGGCAAGCGAAUCGAUGGGAUAUAUCGAAAAGGUCUCUGGCAUGUGGACCGGUGGUGGGAGACAUUAUGCCGAAGGAGAAGGGUUUCACUCUGAACGAUUUCUUGAUCAGGAGGAUAUGGAACAUAGCAGCUCCCAUGGCGAUCGUUUCCGUGCCCACUUCGCGCUUCCUUCCACUGAGAAGCUCCAGGCCACUUAUUACGGAUAUCUUCACCGUGUCCUUCCUCUCUAUGGGAAGAUCUACAUAGGCAGCACAAAGUUCUGCUUCCGGAGUCUCUUACCUGGAACUCGCACAAAGAUGAUACUGCCCAUCAAAGAAAUCGAGAACGUGGAAAAGGAAAAAGGGUUCAGGUUUGGUUACCAGGGCCUUGUUGUGAUCAUCCGCGGCCACGAGGAACUGUUCUUUGAGUUCAACACGUCGGACGCCCGAGAUGACUGCGCGGUCACGUUGCAUCAAAGCCUGGAGGCUGUUAGGUUCUUGGUCGAAUCGAGCGUGUUGACCCAGCAAGAGAACGAAGAAGCAGAUGCUGCAAAAGCCGAGCACCAAUUGCUACAAGAAGCAAGACAAGAUAUAUUAGAUGAAGAGUCCCAGGAAGUGCAUCCUAUAUUCGACGACCCUCGUGCUUCCAUCAUCAAUUUCAAGCCGGCCGAGUCACUGAGGAUCACCUGUCUCACAAUCGGCUCUCGUGGUGACGUCCAGCCGUACAUUGCGCUUUGCAAAGGCCUCCUGGCGGAAGGCCACAGACCUAAGAUUGCAACACAUGCGGAAUUUGAGCCCUGGGUGAGAAAACACGGCAUUGACUUCGCCCCCGUUGAGGGAGAUCCGGCGGAAUUGAUGCGAAUUUGCGUUGAGAACGGGAUGUUCACGUACUCAUUUUUGAAAGAGGCGUCGCUCAAAUUCCGCGGUUGGAUUGAUGACCUGCUGUCUUCUGCGUGGAAAAGCUGCCAGGAUAGCGACGUCCUCAUCGAAUCCCCGAGUGCCAUGGCUGGCAUCCACAUCGCCGAGGCCCUCCGAAUUCCAUACUUCCGCGCGUUCACAAUGCCUUGGACACGCACACGAGCCUACCCACAUGCCUUUGCCGUUCCUGAGCACAGAAUGGGCGGUGCGUAUAACUAUAUAACGUAUGUUAUGUUUGACAACGUCUUCUGGAAGGCGAUUUCCGGGCAGGUGAACCGAUGGCGGAAGAAAGAACUUGGCCUGCGGGGGACAAAUCUCGACAAAAUGCAGCCGAAUAAAGUUCCCUUCCUCUACAAUUUUUCACCUUCGGUAGUUCCUCCCCCUCUUGACUAUCCCGAUUGGAUUCGAGUCACGGGCUACUGGUUCUUAAAUGAGGGCGCAGAUUGGACACCCCCGCCGGAGCUGUCUGAGUUCAUCCAGCGUGCACGUCAGGACGGAAAGAAGAUUGUCUAUAUUGGGUUCGGAUCGAUUGUCGUUUCGGAUCCUGCCGCCUUGACGAAGACUGUGGUUGAGUCAGUUCAGAAAGCUGACGUCCGCUGCAUCCUGUCCAAGGGCUGGUCCGAUCGUCUCGGCGAUCCAACGAGUACUAGACCGGAAAUUACUCUGCCACCCGAGAUUCACCAGAUCCAGGCCGCUCCGCAUGACUGGCUGUUUACUCAAAUUGAUGCUGCCGCGCACCAUGGAGGCGCUGGAACGACUGGAGCCAGUCUUCGCGCCGGUGUACCGACGAUCAUCAAGCCAUUCUUCGGUGAUCAGUUUUUCUUCGGAGCUCGUGUCGAGGAUUUGGGUGUGGGAAUCUGCAUGAAGAAGCUGAAUGUCAGCGUGUUUUCGAGAGCGCUCUGGGAGGCAACACAUAGCGAGCGAAUGAUUGUCAAAGCACGACGACUGGGCGAGCAGAUCCGCAAGGAAAACGGUGUGGCAAAUGCUAUCCAGGCGAUAUACCGGGACCUUGAAUACGCCACAACUCUGACUCGUCAACGCUCCGCUGUGUCAUCUACUCCGUUUACUCCUUCGGGCACUGACGAGAAGACAGUUACGGAAGAUGACUUGGAAGACAUUGAAGAGACGUGGACUUUCGUUGAUGAUGUCACCGACCCUGAUCUCUCCAAGAAAGGACGCGGAAUGGAUCACGAAAACAGUGGUGGUCAAUCGCAGGACAGGUCCCAAACCCGCCCAGCUGAUACAUCCUUGGCCUAG